UAGCCGCCCCUGCGCCGCCCGGCCGCCUCCAGCAGGGGCUGCGCUUGUGGAAAAGCGAAAGUGAGCAGCCAGCGAGGGCUGCCGGGAAAGGCGUCGGCAGGAAGGGUGUGUGCCUGUUCGGAGCAGAAGGCAGCGGGUCCUGGGAAGGCAGACUCUCUAGGCGUCAAGAUGUUCUUUACCUGUGGCCCCAAUGAAGCCAUGGUUGUCUCGGGUUUCUGCCGCAGUCCCCCAGUGAUGAUUGCUGGGGGCCGGGUGUUUGUGAUACCGUGCGUACAACAGAUCCAGAGGAUCUCACUUAACACUCUGACCCUGAAUGUGAAGAGUGAGAAAGUUUACACCCGGCAUGGAGUCCCCAUUUCAGUCACUGGCAUCGCACAGGUGAAGAUCCAGGGCCAGAACAAGGAGAUGCUGGCAGCUGCUUGUCAAAUGUUCCUGGGCAAGUCUGAAGCAGAAAUUACAUAUAUUGCUCUGGAGACCCUGGAAGGGCAUCAGAGAGCCAUCAUGGCCCAUAUGACAGUAGAGGAAAUCUACAAGGACCGCCAGAAGUUUUCAGAGCAGGUCUUCAAAGUUGCCUCGUCUGACUUGAUCAACAUGGGGAUCAGCGUGGUCAGUUAUACCCUCAAGGAUAUUCACGAUGACCAGGAUUAUCUUCAUUCUCUGGGAAAAGCCCGAACUGCUCAGGUACAGAAGGAUGCCAGGAUUGGAGAAGCUGAAGCCAAAAGGGAUGCUGGCAUCAAGGAAGCCAAGGCCAAGCAAGAGAAAUUGUCGGCUCAGUUUAUGAACGAUAUUGAGAUGGCCAAAGCCCACCGAGAUUUCGAGCUGAAGAAGGCUGCUUACGACAUCGAGGUGAACACACGGAAAGCAGAAUCGGACUUGGCCUAUCAGCUCCAGGUGGCCAAGACCAAGCAGAAAAUUGAAGAGGAGAAGAUGCAAGUCUUGGUGGUAGAGCGAACUCAGCAGAUUCAGAUCCAGGAGCAGGAGAUGAUCCGUAAGGAACGGGAGCUGGAGGCCCAGGUCAAGAAACCAGCCGAAGCAGAACGUUACCGGUUGGAGAAAUUAGCCGAGGCUGAAAGGACUCAGCUCAUCAUGCAGGCGGAGGCGGAGGCAGAAGCCAUCCGGAUGAAGGGUGAGGCUCAGGCGUAUGCAAUUGAGGCCAAAGCCCGGGCUGACGCUGAGCAGAUGUCUAAGAAGGCAGAAGCUUUUAAGCAGUAUCAAGAGGUUGCCAUGGUGGACAUGCUUUUGGAGAAGCUUCCAGAGAUAGCCGAUGAGAUCAGCAAACCAUUGGCUUCCGUGAGUAAGAUCACCAUGGUGUCGAGCGGGAACGGAGAUGUGGGUGCCGCGAAGAUGACUGGGGAAGUCCUGGAAAUCAUGAAUAAACUGCCUGACACUGUUGAGAAACUGACCGGUGUUAGCAUCUCUCAGCAGAUGAAUCAGAGGAAACCAGGACGGAUGAACUGACGGCUCAGAAGGAGAAGGAAAAGUCUUCUUGAGGGUGAACACCCAUGAAUCAUCAUCAAUAUGCACCCAUAUUUAGCGUUCCUCCUAUCGGUGCCCUCCUGUGAAUACCAAACCUUUCUUAUGGACAAGAUUGUUGCAUGUCGACCAGUAUCUGCAAAUGUUGAGGUCUUGUUACUCUGCUGUAGCACCGGGAUAGCUGGUGAUGUUGCAGGGUGGACCUGUGUAUACUGAUUUCCACCGUAAAACAGGAUCCUGUUGUUCCUUUCCUUGAUGCUGUUUUUGCUACCUGAGCCUGCUGGUCACUAGAUACCUUUUCCUAUAAGCAAGCUAUCCUCAAGGAUCUAACAAUGGUUCUAGUUCUAAAAAGACUGGGAAAGAUAUAAGGAUGGAGUAAGGAUGAAGGUUGAAACCCAAGAUCUGUUCUUUUUAAAGGCCAGGUGGGUGACAGGGAUUUCUAGCAAGGUGAGGUAAUUUAGGGUCUUGUUCAGUCGUUUCCCUAAAGAGUUGCCGCCUAUGUAAAGAGAGGAAUUCGGUUUUACAGUUCUUAUCAAACCUAGUGAUGGGUGGGUAGCCCAGUUCUGUUGAUCUAAACCAAGGGUGGGAAACGAUGGCCCCUUUUAGGACUUGUGGACUUCAACUCCCAGAAUUCCUGAGCCAGCCAUGCUGAGUUCAGCCAUGCUGGCUCAUGAAUUCUGGGAGUUGAAGUCCACAAGUCCUAAAAGAGGCCAUCUUUCCCCACCCCUGAUCUAACCCUUCCCAACUUGCUUCAUAUAUCAACAUCUCCAUGUGUGUGCCAUAGUGUUUGGUGCUACUUGUAGCUAAGAUUCCUCAACUUAGCAAACUUCUUCCUUUUGGGUCUUUUGUCUUUUUCUUCUGUCCUCGCCUCGCCACCACCUUCCCAGUCCUUAAUCUCACUUUUGGAGGGGGAGCCUGUGUCCAUAGCAGCUUUCCUGUGUUAAAUCAGAAAGAUCUCCCUGCCAAGAAGACAAUCCACACGGCAACAAGAGACUCCCUCAGGAUAUGAAUGUUCUAAUAGGCCUCUCUUCUGCCUGCAUGUUCAUUUCCUUUUAAAAUCGUCAUCUGAAUGUGCCUUAUAUCUGUUUGAACUAACGGAUUAGAUAUAUAUAUCAUUUCCCUAAAAGGGAAAAUAUAAAAGGCCCUCAUUUUCACUGUCUAGUUAUUAUUAUCUCUGCCCCACGUUUUUGAAUGCUCCCUGAAGCUUUUCAGUUUUGUACGGUAACUGCUGAUGCUUGUUGUCCCAAAUUGUUAAAGGAGGCCACCUGCUCAUAUCUUCAUGAAGCACACUUGGUCAGACGGUAGCCCUUCUACGGUGGCUUAACUAUCACCCCUGGACUUGUGCUUUUGGAUUCACAUAUGCCGUGUUUGGCCUACUUGCUUGCUUGUGUGUUAUGGCCUCAGCAUGGUGCCUUGUCUAUGUUCGUCUGAAGAGAAGGACAGUCCAUUCUUCAUACUACUAAGAAUAAAGGCCAAGAUUAAUUAAUGCCUUCUGUGUAUCCAUUUCUACUUUCUGGUCCAUGUUUUCACCAUCUAAUACUUGAAGCUUGCUUGAGUACAGGUAGUCCUCAACUUAUGACCACAGUUGAACCCAACAUUUCUGUUGCUAAAUGAGGAAUUUGUUAAGUGAGUUUUGCCCCUAUUUUACAAUUUUUCUUGCCACAUUUCUUAAGUGAAUCACUGCAGUUAGGAACACAUUUGUUAAGCGAAUCUGGUUUUCCCGCUGACUUGGCUUGUUGGGAGUUUGCAAAAGGGGAUCACAUGAUCACCACCACCCCCGGGACAUUGCAACCGUCAUAAAUGUGAGUCAGUGGUCAAGCAUCUGAAUGUAAAUCACGUGACUGUGUGCACUAAGUCACUGCAGUGUGCCCUAUGUCACUGUAAUGGUCGUACGCGUGAAAAAUGGUCACAAAUCACUUUUUUCAGUCCCGUUGUAACUUUGAACAGUCACUAAAUGAACUGUUGUAAGUCGAGGACUACCUGUAUAGAAAAUACAUGGCGCAAGCUGCAUUUCUUCUGUUUUCACAUGUGAUCCUGCUUUAUCAGUAUAGAUAUAAUAUGAAUUUUGUCUGCAUAAUCUCUAACAUUCCUUUGGAUUGCAGUUGGAGUGAUUAUUUAUUAUGGUUGGUUACACAGUCAUCCAGAUGAUUAGGCUGAGUUUGGCAUUUUUUUAUCCACCUAUCAAGUUCCUCCCAAAGACCUGGGAUAGGCACACAUUGUUGUGGAAUAUUAAAUUUAUCAUCACAGAAUGUAAGCUGUUCCAAGUAAAGCUGCCUUUUGCAAUUGACCGAUAGCGAUUUUUGUCAAUGCCAAUGAUGUUCAACGUUGCUUGAGAUUGUUGUUGUUAUUAUAUUACACAUUGAUGGUCAAUGCAAGGGAGAGAACCUAUGUAAUACUCCUGCUUUUUAUAUUCCCCAUAACAACAAUCCUGUGAGGAGGGUUGGGCUAAGAGAGAGUCACUGGCCCCAAAAUCACCCAGCCGCCUUUCGUGCCUAAGACAGGAUUGGAACUCACCGUUUCUUGGCUUCCAGGCCAGCAUCAUAACCACUACACCAAACUGGCUCUAACCAUGAGUAUCUAGGAGCCCCAAAUUGUAUUUCUCUCAGUGUCUAAGCCAGGGGUGUCAAACUUGUGGCCCGCGGGCCAGAUGCAUCAUGCGUUGGCCAUCCUCAACCCCAUUUUAGCAAAGGGGGGGAAAGUUGUGAUAUGUCACAUGAUGACGUCACGAAUUUGACACCCCUGGUCAAAGCCAUGCAAGCUGCUAUGUAAAGAGAGGUUUGAGCUGUCAGGAAUUUUUACUGUGGAUAAUAAAGAGAUCAUACAGCUAAUUUAGUGGAUGGUUUCACAUAUUCUGUGAGGGCAUAAUACGUAUUGCUUCAUUUGCUUUUUGUUCAGUAUGUAUGAACCCAGUUCUUUGUUUGUAAAUCAAAGCGUAUGGCAAAAUAUAUAGAUUUAAGCCAUUAAAAUAAA